AUGGGCGCCGCAGCGCCGCAGCAGGCGCAGCGUGUGCCAGCUCCAACGCCGCAGCCUAUCCUGCAGCUGCCCGAGGCGGUGGUGCACCGAAUUGCGGCGGGUGAAGUGAUCCAGCGUCCUGCCAGCGCACUCAAGGAGAUGCUGGAGAACAGCAUCGACGCCGGGGCGACGCGGAUCGCCGUGACGGUCAAGGAGGGUGGGCUGCGCCUGCUGCAGGUCGCCGACGACGGCUGCGGCGUGGCGCGCGCCGACCUGCCGUUGCUGUGCGUUCGCCACGCGACCAGCAAGCUGCGCGCCUAUGAGGACCUGGAGGCCAUCGCCACGCUUGGGUUCAGGGGUGAGGCCCUCGCCAGCAUAUCAUUCGUGGCGCACCUGAGCGCCACAACCAUGACGCGUGGCGCAGCGCACGGCUGGCGCGCCUCCUACCAGGAUGGCGCGCUGCUGGACCCCCCGGGCGCCAAGCCCUGUGCUGCCGUGCCCGGCACAGUGCUGACGGUGGAGGACCUCUUCUUCAACGUGCCGGCCAGGCGCAAGGCCUUCCGCGCCGGCGGCGCCGAGGAGGGCGCGCUGGUGCUGGACCUGAUGCAGCGCUACGCCGUGUGGGCGGCCCCACGCGUUGGCUUCUCCCUGCGCCGCCAAGGCGAGGCACGCGCGGACCUGGCCACCUCUCCCGGCGCGUCGCGCCUGGACGUUAUCCGCCAGCUGCACGGCCCAGACCUGGCCGGGUCGCUGCUGCCGCUUUCCGUGGCAUGCGGCCAGGAACCGACAGCUGAUCUCGCGCACGAUGCGCCUGGCGGGCCCCACUUGCGCGUGGAAGGCUUUGCGUCGGGCCUGGCGUGGGCCGGGCGGCGUGGGACGCUCGUGCUGUUUAUCAACGGGCGCUGCGUGGAGUGCGGACCGCUGAAGCGCGGUGCAGAGGCCGUCUACGCGACGCUCGUGCCACGCGCGCCCAAACCGUGGCUAUUUCUUGAUGUGCGGCUGCCGCCGCGGCAGGUUGAGGUCAACGUCCAUCCCACCAAGCGGGAAGUCGGCUUCCUGCAUCAGGACCUGGUGAUCGAUGCGAUCUGUCGCCAGCUGGAGGCCACCCUGCUGGCCGCAAUGAGCAGCCGUACCUUUGCCACGCAUUCCACACCCGCCACCACGGCGCUGCGUCUCGCGGAGCAGCUGGUGAGUGGCGGCGGCAGCGGCAGUGGCAAUGGCGGCAGCCGACAGAGUGCUCAGCAGACGCAAGGGCAGGCGAGCACGCAGCAGCAGCAGCAGCAGCAGCAGCAGCAAGCACAGCAGCAGAUGCAGAAGCCGAAGCAGACUCAGCAGCAGACCAUCUACAGGCCAGACAAGCUGGUGCGGGCAGACCACCGCACACGCACCAUGGAUGCCUUUGUGGUGCGCGGGGCGUCAGCGCCCGCGGUCAAUGGAGGUUCGAAGACAGGCCAGCAAGGCGGCGGCGGCGGCGGCGGCGGUGAAGCCGACGUAGAUGCUGUUGAUGCAGAGGCGGAUGCGAGUGCGGGGCUAGCAGGGCACACUGCAUCUGCCGCUGCAAAAGCGGCUGUUGCUGUUGGCAUGCCGCGCAAGCGGCGAGCCGCGGAGCGCGAUCGGCUGGCCUUCAACAGCAGCAUGGCAGCGGCAGUGGUGGGCAGUGGCGAUGACGGGGAAGAGCGGCAGGACGGGGUUGAUGGACACCCUGACGCUGCGGAGAAUUCGACAGCUGGAGCACUUGUGCAGCAGGCGCAGCAGCUACUGCCGCCCAAAGCACGCGAGCAGGGCAACCCCCCGGGCCCGCCGCCUGUGGCCGCGGCGCGCGAGCUGCUUGCAGCGCGAGAGGCGGCCUCCCCCGCGGGUCUGACGGGCUUGGUGCGUCAGCACGUUUUCGUGGGGUUGGCUGACGAGGCUGGGGAGUGGGGCCUGCUGCAGUCUGGCACGCGGCUCUAUCUCGCGGCCCUGGGUCCGCUGAGCCGGGACCUGUUCGAGCUGCAGGGACUGCGACGCUGGGGCCGCUGCCCCGCAGCAGCGCUGGCGGAGCCGCUGCCACUGGAGGGCCUGGCCGCGGCGGGGCUGGCACUGGAGGAGGCCGCUGGGAGGUGGCAGCCCUCAGACGGUCCCAUCCCCGAGCUGGCGCGCCUUGCGGCACAGGCCCUGUCCAUGCGCGCCCCCGUCCUGGCCAGGCUAGGCGUGGUCGUCGAUGACCAGGGGCGGCUGGCGACGCUGCCUGUGCUACUCAACGGCUACUCCCCCGACCCCUCGCGCCUGCCAGACUUGAUACUGGCGCUGGUGAGAGACGUUCCCUGGGAGGAGGGUGAGGAGGCACGUGAGGUGGUGGAGGGCGUGGUGGCAGCGGUGGCGAUGCUCUUCGCGCUGGCCCCGCUGGAGCGGGAAGUGGAGCGCGGUGCGAGCAGCGGCUAUGGCGGAGACGGCGGGCAGUCGGCGGGUUUAGAGAUGACGAGAGGGGCGGAGGCAAUGCAGCUGGACGGUCCGGCGCGGGACGCCGGCCCUUGCCAUGCGUCAUUAGCGCCGCACCGCCGCCUGGCGGAGCGUGAAUGGGUGGCACGGCACGUGGUGUUGCCGGCAAUGAAGGCGCUGCUGCGGCCCAGGCCGUGCCGUGCCAAUGACGGCAGCCUGCUGCUCCUGACCUCCAUGGAGCGGCUAUACCGCGUCUUUGAGCGGUGCGGUUGA